AUAGAAAAGGCAUACAGGGACUUUUAAUCUUAAUGACAGCUCACGGGGACGUUUCACAGGUUUAAUUUGCCACGGAGCAGGAGGUCUUGAAACGGGUCCCUGUGGUACAGGAACGUAUGGUAACCUUACACUGAAAACCAAUGCACUCUGGGAAUUAUAGACUCUUUUACAGAACCUUAUUUAAAUGCUUACCAAGCCUCUAUGUUUUAAAUAUUGAACACUCUGUAAAUGUUAAUCUUAUCGCGCGACUUUUAGGGUUGUUAGGAAUUUGUAGAUGAUACGCUUCUAUAGAAAGAAAAACUACAAUACCCAGAGUGCAUUGGUUACAGACACGUGUAUCACAUGAUUAAUCAGAGCCAAUGCCUGUGGUGCCUGCACUAGAGUGAGGUUUGGUGGAGGUUAUCUAUUGCCUGCUUCUCAAUCAGACAUUACUAAGGUCACAAUGGAUCCAUCCUGUGGAAGGAGCUUUAUGCAAGUCCUGUGUGAGAAGUACAGCCCAGAAAACUUUCCAUAUAGAAGAGGUCCAGGAGCUGCGGUUCACGUUCCCCCUGGACCACAGGUGUCUCCUAUGAAAGACCGUCUUAAUCUCCCCAGUAUCUUAGUUCUGAACAGUUGUGGGAUCAACUGUGCUGGAGAUGAAAGUGAGAUUGCUGCAUUUUGCUCUCAUGUAUCGGAGCUGGAUCUCUCACAUAACAAGCUUGAUAACUGGGAGGAGGUCAGCAAGAUUGUGUCCAGUGUCCCCCAGCUACAGUUCCUGAAUCUGAGUUCCAACCCACUGCACCUGUCAGUUUUGGGACGUUCAUGUGCCAGGACAUUUGCUAGGAUUCGCAAUCUAGUCCUUAAUAACUGCAAAGCUUCUUGGGAAACUGUCCAUACACUGCUGAUGGAACUCCCAGAGUUGGAGGAGCUGUUUCUGUGCCUUAAUGACUAUAACACAGUAUUAUGUUCACCAGUCUGCUACCACUCUCUGAAACUUCUCCACAUAACUGACAACAACCUCCAAGAUUGGUCAGAGACCCGCAAAUUAGGCACAAUGUUUCCAUGUCUGGACACACUUGUUCUUGCAAAUAACAACCUAUCUAAGAUUGAAGACUCAGAGGAGUCUCUAGCAAGGCUGUUUCCAAAUCUAAGGUCGAUAAGUCUGCAUAAAGCAGGUUUGAAUUCCUGGCGUGACAUUGAAAAACUAAAUGCUUUACCCAAACUGGAAGAGGUCAGAUUAUUAGGUAUUCCUUUGGUAGAACCAUACAACACAGAAGAACGCCGGAAACUUGUGAUAGCAAGAUUGCCGUCUGUAUCCAAACUGAAUGGCAGUGUUGUCACGGAUGGUGAAAGAGAAGACUCUGAAAGAUUCUUCCUGCGUUACUAUAUGAAUCUCCCAAAGGAAGAUGUCCCAUUAAGAUAUCAAGAGCUGGUGACAAAGUAUGGAAAUUUAGAACCUCUUGUAGAAGUGGAUCUUCGACCACAGAAUAAAGCCAAUGUCGACAUACACUUUGAAGAGAAAGUGGAGAAGAUGAGCAUCCGUUUAGAUCAGACUGUGGCCGAGUUCAAGAAACAGCUAAAGAAUUUGGUGCAGUUAUCCACCAACAACAUGCGCCUGUAUUAUCUGGACCUUGAAGCCCCUUUUGGCCCUGAGGAAAUGAAAUUAAGUACCCGAUUUUUACAUUCAUAUAAUGUUCAUGAUGGCGAUAAAAUUUAUGUGGAACCCAAAAUCAAAUGACCGUACUUGCCUCUUCUUCUAGUUAUAUAUACAAUCACACUGUAUAUAUAUAUAUAAAUAUUACAUAGGAUUUUUGGUUGUAUUAAAAUUGCUUUUAGAUAAAUUUACCUCUUCGUCCCAUUGCUGGCAGUAGGCAGCUGUAGCACAUUGAAGAGCUAUGUGCAGGUGCACCUUCGGACAGUGAAAGGGUCUUCAUCAACUUAGGGACCUCUACAUCUUAGCAGGCACCUUAAGGAGAGCCCUACCUGGAGCACUUUGUGUUUGUGAGUUAUUUAAUAAAUGAAAAUAUUUCUGUUUUUGUUAAUAUUUAGUUAAGUCAAGGUAUGUUACCCUUUACAUAACUGUGUAUAUAAAUAUAUAUAAUAAUUUAUUGCCAUGAUUACCUUAGUUCUGUCAUGUCUGAUGAUGUUGAUUAUUUUUUUAUACUUUUUUUAUGUUGCCGUUUAAUUUUCUUACCUUGAGUUUAAGAGAUUUACUGGUGUCCAACAUCUAUGGUAUGUAUGUGAAGAUCACUCUUCCCCCCACCCCCCCAGUGCCUGUGUUUAUUCAUUAAUUGUACCAGUGACAGACAGAGUGGGAAAUAUUGGCACAGACAAUCAGAUAUCGAGCUCAUAAAGCUGACAAUUAAAACUAUGGGUCAUAGUACAUGUUCAAGUACAAGUUUUUUUAAUCCCUCUACUUUAUCCUACUUGACUCUUUUGCCAUACCUCAGCUAUUCAAUUUUUGCAAACCUUUGCUACGCUAACAUGAUUUUUUACAUUUCAUUGUUCAUUAUUUGUUUUAGGCUACAUAUUUUUGAGGCAAGGUACUUGGGUUUUUAAAAAACAAGGUUUUUAUUUACAAUGGCAGUUCAAAGUGCCCAUAAUAGGCUCAAGGUGCCAUAGUGGUUUACUCCUUGCCCAUCUUUUUUCUGCUUGCAGUGCCUAAAAGCACAACUCUUUGUGAUUGCAAAGUGAAGUGCAAAGAAUUGAUUCCACUUAUGUAUGCAGCACUAGAUGCCGAAGCGCCAGAGGAUGCUAUGAGCAACAGUGCUAAAAGCAAACAUAAAGUACAGCUGGCAUAUCCUUUAUCUUGAAACCUGUUUUCCAGAAAGCUCAGAAUUACAGGAAGGCCAUCUCCCAUCAAAAAUUCCCCUUUACUCUGUAAUAAUAAAACAGUCCCAACUACAAUUUAAUUAAAUCCUUAUUGGACGUAAAACAACUUAUGGUAUAGUGAUCCAAAUUAGAGAAACACUCAUCUGGAAACCCCAGUUCCUGAGCAUUCUGGAUAACAGGUCCCAUACCUGUACAAGAUUCCCUCGCACUCGUACAUUCUGUGCUCUUUGCCUUUGUUUUAGAUCUUUAUUGUGGCUCAAGGCUGAGAGUGCAAUAGACCACUAAAAGGGGCAGUUUUGCGCCCCUUCGAAGCCAUUUGUUUUGCUUUAGUUCAUUGUUUUAAAAAAAAUUUCCACUGUUCUGUCUCCACAUAAAGGCUGGCAGUACAGUAAGUGAGUUAAAGGAGAGGGCUUCCCAAGUCACUGUGAUGAGACAGUCCAAUAUUUGAUACGACGAUGAAGUGGAUUCCUAGUAAAUAUUUCUUCGUUAUCUGUGCACUAAGGGUAGGAAAUGGUUGUAAAGCAUCUGUGUUUAAAAAGAGACAUGUUUGUUGCCAAUAGCCGUGGAGUUUAUUCAUCCAAGUGCUAUACUAAUGAGUAUAUACAACAGAAAGUGUAUUUGAAAAAUGAGUUACAUAUGUUAGAUGCAAAUACUAGUGGUGCUUCUUAUCCUCCCACUCCUUCCCUUGCUUUGCUCUUUUUUAUAUGAGUAUUUCAUUUCUGCAUAGCUGUGGUUUGGGGGGAUUUGUAUCACUCUUCCUAAAGAUGAAAAUCUAUAAACACUGAAAGCACUAUUUCAAUCUCACUUGUACUUUCUGUUUUUCCUGGUGUCCAUCUGUCCUUUCUAUGUUCAAUAUACAUUUUUUUCCAGUCUCCGUCCUAUGGUUUCCCUGUUUGACAGCGUUUGGAAGAUUUUGUUUCCUACCUGGUUAAGCAAAUCUGAAACAGCAACAAUGCUAAUUGUGCAGAGUUCUCCCAAGAGGUAUUUCUCUAACUCACAUUUCACUCCAAGGGGUCAGGCAAACAAGGACUCUUUAACUGGCAGAGGCCUGCAGAGACUUAGAAGAGUGCAACAAGCAGAAUGGAACAUAACAUAGUUCCUUGAACAAUGUUAACAAUCCAUGUUCUUAUACAGAUCAGAGCAAAACUAUUCCCAUAUGGCAGUGUUCUGAUGCUUAUGGAGGUAAAGAGAUACAGAAAAGCAAUUUGAUCUACGUCAAUGCCAGCAACUGUAAUUUUACAGGCUCCGCAUUAUUAGGAUAUGUGGUGUCCAUUGUUUUGGACCAAAGUUCGUUAGUUACUUAUAUAUCCAAGGUUUCUGUUUAAAGGUUACAUCUUGUAAGCUUCUGCAUGCAUACUCUGCCAUAGGCAUGCUGCAGGCUAUUCUACUAUUUUGCAUUUUAGUAGCAAAUCCACCCUAAGGCAGUUGUAAUUCAUGUGCAUCCGAGCAUUGGUUUUUCAUUGCAAGCAAUAUUUUGUUGAUUCCCAGCAGUAAACAGGUUAAUCUAGCUAAUUGAUAUUAUUGAUUUUUUGAGUUUAAACUGUUGGUCUGUUGAACCCAGCCUAGAAAUGCUAGUUGGAGGUGGCUGCCUUGUUAGCGGGUUCUUCUUUGUCAAACAAAGCAUCUUUUACGAAUCCUUUCUUGAAGUUCAUAGAGUUAUGUUUUUUUAGUCUGCUUUUUGCCAAGCUAUGUGUGACCAUGUAAGAGUGCACAGUAGUACCAUUUUGUAAAGGGUUCUAAUAGGGCUUUAGGGGAAAAGCACAAAAUAUGGAGCCACUAUAUAUUCAAUGGAUGUUUAAACAAAAAGUAUGAUUUUGCCAUUAUAUUUUAAGCAUGUACAUGAGCUGCAAGAAACUCACUCACUUAUAUAAUGCAAAUGAUCUCUAGUUUGUGAUAACAAUAGUUCCAGUUCAUUUACCUAAUGUCCCGAAUCCAACACUUCUGUAAACUAUAAUCAGAACACGUUUUGAGUCCUGAAUAGGGAUGUAGACUUCUGUAUCUCAACAAACUGUAGGCCAAUGAAUAGUGGCUAAACAUGGCCUAAGAUUUCACAAAUUUAGUAAAGCGGUUUAGUUUAACCAACCAUGUAUGCGUUUAUGGUCAUCACAAGGGAGGAAGAAGAGUUUUGGCAUACUGCUCUGUGGUCCCAGCUUUCCAAACUUACCAAACAGUCCUCUCAUUUGCAGUGGAUACAUAGACAGAUACAUACUGUAUAGUGGAUACAUGAACAACUGUCCAUGCUUGUAAUUUAACUUUUAGCAUAUACACUAAUAUUAUUAAUCUCUUGGUAGAUUAACCAGGUUUUCAGGGAUGCCUUAUAUGCCUUCUGUACUACCUUUAUUUAUUGAGUCCAGAUAAAAAUGCAUUUCUGAUUUUAAAAAAAAAAAAGUGUGAAUAAUCUCUAAAUAAUAAAGUUUAGUUUUAGAUAAAUAUCUUUAUCCCUCUGUGGUUCUAUUUCUCAAAGUCAUAACAGAUAGUAUUCAGAUAUAGGUAAUGCAAUAAUAUCUGAAGGAUAUAAAACGCCCUACUCUUGUCCAAUACACAAGUAUUUUUAGUGCUUAGACAUACUGUAUGUCGCAUUGGGCAGUUUCUCAGGACAAGUAAACAACAGGAAGUUCUCAGGUGGCACCCCAAUUACACUAACUUAUUCUUGUUAAAGCAAGUUUGCGACCUGGUUUUGAUAUAGUAGACAGAGCCUUGGUGUGUGUGUGUGUGUGGGGGGGGGGGGGGGGGUUUAGAAAACCGCUAUGGAUAUUUCAGUAGGUUUCAAACAAUUAUUAAUAAGCAACUAUUGUGGGGCUCAUUUAUAAACACUGGCCAAUUUUGCACCUGAGCAGUAACCUAUGGCAACCAAUCAAAUGUUUGCUUUCAUUGUUUUACCUGCAGCUGAAUUAAAAAAAGCUAACCACUGAUUAGUUGCUAUGGGUAACUGCCAGGUGCAACUUUGCACAGUGUUUAUAAAUGAGCCCUGUGUUUUCAAGCUGCCUGAUAAGGUUUAUCAAGGGACAUGCAUGUAUGAUUGCUCCUUAUGACACCUGCUAAUGUGCCUUCCUCUACAUUGUGAUUGUUCCCAUAUCAGUGUUACAUUAGCCUUACAAGUGAGCAAUUAAUUCAGAUAAUGUAAAUGGAGACAUCUUUAUAGAAUCCAUAAUAGGGAAUACAUGGUUAUGUGUCACAGAAGGAGUGGAAUUUAUGAUGUUGCUAAUGUAGCACAGGACAAUUGUUUGAAAGAAAAACAAACAACAGUGUCAUAACAGAAUUUCUAAAUGUUAUCAUUGCAAUAGUGCAAGCAACACAAUAAUGUAAAUUAGUGAUGUGCGGGUUGGGCUUUCCCCGCACAUCACAUUUUGUGAGUAAUGCAGUUAGAUACUUUGUAAUUAAAUGGUAAGUAAGGUAAACCCAUGGGCUUACAUGGGCAUAAAUGAAUCUUUAACAGUAACAGCUAGCUAUGUUAUCUUAUUACAUAUAUAGACAGAACUGAUCAUAUUUUGCACAUUUGCUGAGCCACUGUGAAAUCACGCAGUAUCACAUUCAUCUUCAAUAUUAUUUUAUUACAGGGAACCUACAGAAUGGAUUCAAUUUUAAAUAAUUUUUACCUAUUCUAAGAUAGAGAAUACAUGGUUUAUAUUUUGUUUCAACAAAUGUGGUGACUAUUUUAUAUAAUUUAGGCUAGCAUUAUACAACAUGGCAUGGUUAAUGGUUUAUAUUAUCUUCAAAUACAUUACAUUACAUUAUUUAGGAAAUAGAAGCAUCUAAUCUUGGUGGCCAGUUACUGCCAUGUUCAGAGAUGGAAAUCAAGGAGACUGACUUAUAAAGAAAGUAAAGACUAUAUUGAUACCAAUCUUUCUUUACAUUUAGUAUGUGUUUCCUUUACUAGAAUCCUUGUAUGCCUGGAUGUACAGCCUCUUUUUUCAAAUGCUUUGGGGGAGCUUAGAAUUGGCCAUUCUAUAACAUACUAAAAGUUACUUUAAAGGUAAACUACCCCUUUAAGAAAUGGGUGGGAGAAUGAAGUAGGGAGAGUGAAGGAGGUUCAGAUUUGUGGUGGUUCUCCCAACAUAUUUGGCGUUGACACUGAAAAUGCUGAGAAAGUAGGGUAUUCCCCUAAUGCAUUAAAUCUGACCCCUAGAAAGACACUUUAUAAUGAAAUUCUAAAGACUCAUUUCUGUUCCCCUGUUGUGCUGAGAGAAUGCCCCGGUGCCACUGAACAAGAAAGUAUAAAGUAUCUGAAUAGUAAAAGGCUGCAUAAAAAUUCUUUGUUAUUUCUUGGUUGGCUUCAGGGCUUCAGCAUCAGUUACCUGAAUGUGGUGGAUAGGAACUGCCCAUGGAACUUCUGAGAGGCUGAGACUCAGGAACAUUUUUUGGUAGAAUGUCAAAUAACAAAAGUCCGUAGCAAUCUGAGAUUUGUUUUUUUGAUUCAUUUAUGUUUCUCUGAAGCUGCAUACAGGAUAUUGAUACCAGUCUGUCUGUCUAAUAAAGAAAGACUGUAUAAUGUAUAAUACAUCCGGUAUUAUUUGUGGCAUUUACGUUGUAAAAAAUCAACAGGCCAAGGUGUAGAUUCUAUUGAAUAUACUGCCAAUGCUGUCAUAAGUGAAAUCCUCUUUAUUAAGACACAGGAGUUUAAAAUCUCUAAGGGAAAAUGUUAAUACAGUAUAUCCUUCUGAUGUUUCAUUCCGAUGAUAUCUGAUUGUCUUUGUUUCUGUAUUUGUGUGAGAUUGAUUUUAAUAAAAAAAAAUACCCUCUUUGGAUGUAAUUUUAACACUGGACUCCUGUUGGUGAGAAAGUUCGCUGGAUCCGGGUGCAAUCACCCUCCCUGGUAGUUCUACAACUGUCAUUCGCUCCCAAAUCUCACCCUAACUUGCCUUCUGUCUGAGCCCCCUGCUUUUGAACCUUAAUUAGUGUAUUUGUAUGUGUCACAUUCAGGCAUUUGACAAUUUUGUUUUAAAUUUGUUGUCAUUUUAAAGAAACCAAACCUAUUUGAUACUGUAAUGCAUCGCAGCAUAUUUGUUUGUUAAACAAAAUAGACUUUUGAUGUAAAUUUUGUUAUCUAAUUGUGUUUAUCUGAUAUGUCUCUCUAAACAUUUAAAUUAUGUCUAAAUCUGUAUCUUCCCAACUGCACAAAUAAUAUGUUUACACUGGGCUGAGAAAGACCUUAGCCAAAGAUCAAGCUAAAGAGUUAAUUAUCUCAUAAAUAAAUUUUAUUCAG